GUCUCCCGGUUGUAGAGGCGGCUGCUCGGCCCGGCGGGUAAAUAACAGAUGCGGGUAAAGGAGCCAUCCAAAGCUUUAGCUGAAAAAGCCAAAAGAAGUAAAAGACCUACUAUACCUCAUGAUGAAGACUCUUCAGAUGACAUUGCUGUAGGUUUUACUUGCCAACAUGUAAGUCAUGCUGUUAGUGUGAAUCAUGUGAAGAGAGCAAUAACUGAGACUCUGUGGUCAGUUUGCUCAGAAUGUUUAAAAGAAAGAAGAUUCUAUGAUGGGCAGCCUGUGCUUUCUUCUGAUAUUUGGUUGUGCCUCAAGUGUGGUUUUCAGGGAUGUGGUAAAAACUCAGAGAGCCAACAUUCAUUGAAACACUUCAAGAGUUGGAAAACUGAGCCUCAUUGUAUUGUAAUUAGUCUGAGCACAUGGAUUAUAUGGUGUUAUGAGUGUGAUGAAAAAUUAUCAACACAUUGUAAUAAGAAGGUUUUGGUUCAGAUAGUUGAUUUUCUCCAGAAGCAUAUUUCUAAAACACAAACAAGUGCAGUUUCUCGAAUCAUUAAACUUUGCGAAGAAAAAUGUGAAAUAGGUGAAAAAAAGAAGGGGAAAAAAGGCAGCAGUGUAACAUCUGUGAAAGGAAUUACAAAUCUGGGAAAUACUUGCUUUUUUAAUGCAGUCUUACAGAACUUGGCACAGUCUUACAUUCUUACUGAACUGAUUAAUGAGAUCAAAGAAAAUGGCACAAAAUUCAAGAUAUUUCCUUCAGAUUGUCAGUUGGACCCUCUAGUGGUGGAACUUUCAAGCCCUGGACCUUUAACCUCAUCCUUGUUCCUGUUUCUUCAAAGCAUGAAGGAGACUGAAAAGGGGCCACUGUCUCCUAAAGUCCUUUUUAAUCAGCUUUGUCAGAAGGCCCCUGGAUUUAAAAGUUUACAACAACAGGAUAGCCAGGAACUUCUUCAUUAUCUGCUGGAUGCAGUAAGGACAGAAGAAACAAAGAGAAUACAAGCCAGCAUUCUAAAAGCAUUUAACAACCCAACUACUAAAACUGCUGAUGAUGAAACUAAAAAAAAGGUCAAAGCAUAUGGAAGAGAAGGUGUGAAAAUGAACUUCAUAGAUCGGAUCUUUAUUGGUGAAUUAACUAGCACUGUCAUGUGUGAAGAAUGUGCAAAUAUCUCUAUGGUGAAAGAUCCUUUCAUUGAUAUUUCACUUCCUAUAAUAGAAGAAAGGGUCUCAAAGCCUGUACUUCUGGGAAAGAUGAGUAAAUAUAGAAGUUCACAGGAGACAGAUAAUGGUCAGUACAAUGGCACUGUUGCUAUAGAAAAUACUCAUCAACCUAGAGCCAUCCAGAAGCAUUUUUCAUCUAAAAAUAAGAAUCAACUAAUUCAUGGCAGAAAAAGUAUAAAAAAAUUGUCAUCUGGAGAAGAUAAAACUGUUGUCAUAUACCGGAAAAAUGAAGACCCUGAAAUGAAUGGGGAUUCUUCAGUGUUUGUGAGCAUCAGGAGUGCUGAAACAACUCUGACUGAAAGCCCUACUGAUGGCAGCGAGAAAGAAGCCAGUCACUCGGAAAGUAGCGCCGAUGCCGACAGCGAGGCUUCAGAAUCUGAAAGUGCUUCUAAUAACUCUGUGUUACUGCGAUGCAGUAAUGGAUGCUGUGUACACACCAACGGACACCUCCCCCAUCCAUCAGCAAGUCAACUGCACAUCAAGAAGAAUGACAGUGGUGAUGAGGGAGUGGCUGAAGCUAUUUCUGAACUUCAUUUGAGCAAUGCUGAAAUGGGAGAUAGAAAUUUUGACAGAGAAAACCAGCCAUUAAGUGUUCCAAAUAAUUUCUGUUUUUCAGAGGAGAAGCAUAUGGUGUCUCACAGCCCCCAAAAUGCUUUUCAGACCCUUUCUCAGAGCUAUGUAACUACAUCUAAAGAAUGCUCAAUUCAGUCCUGUCUCUACCAGUUUACAUCUAUGGAAUUACUGAUGGGGAAUAACAAGCUUCUCUGUGAGAAUUGUACUGAAAAGAAACAGAAGUACCAAAAGGAAACCAGUUCUGCAGAAAGAAAAGCAGAAGGGGUUUAUACUAAUGCGAGGAAGCAGUUGCUCAUUUCUGCUGUUCCAGCUAUCCUAAUUCUCCAUCUAAAAAGAUUCCAUCAGGCUGGCUUGAGUCUUCGCAAAGUUAACAGACAUGUAGAUUUUCCACUUUUGCUUGAUUUAGCACCCUUCUGUUCUGCUACUUGUAAGAAUGUGAGCGUGGGAGAUAAAGUUCUCUAUGGUCUCUAUGGCAUAGUGGAACAUAGUGGCUCCAUGAGAGGAGGUCACUAUACUGCUUAUGUGAAAGUGAGAACACCCUCCAGGAAAUUACUGGAACAUAUCACAGGAAAGAAAAGUGUACCUGGUUUGAAGGAACCUGAUGGUGAUGCAGCUGACCAGUGGGUCCAUGUUAGUGACACUUAUGUGCAAGUGGUUCCAGAAUCAAGAGCACUUAGUGCACAAGCAUAUCUGCUUUUUUAUGAAAGAAUAUUAUAACUAUUAUUUAUGACUGAUAAUGAUUACUUAGGUCACUUUUAUUUAAAUGCUGCAGUGAUAACCAUAAUAUACAAUGUGCCUUUGUAAUCUUUUCGGUAGGAAUAGCAUGUCUCUCAAAUGCUCUUUAACAUUUUUACCAUUUUGGUGAAUCCUUUUAAUGUAAAUUUAAUUUAUUCAGUGCUUUCAAAUUUAUAUUCUUAAAAUAAAUGUAAAAACACAUUAAAAAAUACUUGUCAUGGGAGAAAAAACAAUCUACAGUAAUCGAAGAAAAUUCCUUUAUAAUGUGGCUUACUAUUACAGGCAAUGAUGUAGACUAAAUCCAUUCCUUAAAACAGCAGUUUCCAAAUGUGAGUGACAUGCCACCUUCAUGAUCUUACAUAUAUGUAUCUUCUGUGCCAUUGUUAGCUUGUAUUUUUAACCCUAUCUUUUAGUUUUACUUUUUUAUCUUGGACUUGUUUUGAGCAACCAUAUUUGGUAUUUUAUGUGCUAGUUAUAUUUUUUCUAAUAAACAUUAAAAUAUGUAACUAUUAAAGAAAAUUUGUUCAUCCAUACAGCACUCCACUUAUUAUAAAAAAUAAAUAAAUAAAUAAAUAAAUAAAUAAAAUGAAAAAAAAAAAAAUCAUCUCAGGACUGACCAUUGGUAUAUGUAAGCAUACUACUGUGUGGGAAGCAUUGCUGUAAUACUAAGUACAUGAAAUGACAUUUAAUACAUUUUAAUGACCUUGUCAUAAUGAUUCAAUCAUAUAAAAGGGUAUCACUGUAACUUCAGUAAGAAGGGGAUGCAAAUAACAUACUGGUUAUCAUAUUGCAUUGAGAUUUUGAGCACUAGAAAAAUGUUGAAAUAUUUCACUAACAUAUUUAUUUGCAGCCUAUUAUGGUGGAUUGAGAAUAGUUUAUAAGUGAUUAGCCAAGGUUAAGAUAUAAUUGUAGAUAACUGUAACAUGCAGAAUUGGUAAAUAGAAGUUGUUAAUCCACAUGGAUUAAUAGGAUACCUUUGAAAUAUAUAUUACCAAAUUAUAUUUGUAAAUAAUAGAAAAUUAUAAUCUAUUAUACUUAACAGAGAAGUAUAUUUUCUCCACAGGUCAGUAAAUAUUAAUCAUGGUUUUGAGAUCACUUUCUUUUUGUCUCCAACAGCAUCAUUAAUGAAUUCAAGUGGAUUUGGCUUUUAUUUUAAUGGGACUUAAAUGUUGGCAUUUCUGAUUUUCUAAGUAAUUAAGUAAUACAAAAAAUAUGAUACCCCUCUCCCCAGAAUACAUAUUAAGAUGUCAAAACUUGGCAUGAAAAUAUUAUCCCUUAGGUUUACAAUUUAAAAAAGUUACGGCUACUUCAAAGUCACAUUAUUGAAUCAAAACAUAUAACUACUUGGUUCAGGCAAUAAUACUAUAGGCAAAGGCUGGAUAAAUACCUAGUCCCAAUUCAUUCUCCUUGUGGAAAGGAAGAUAAGAAUAGUGGCUGUAGAUAAUAUAUAUAUGGAAAUAUUUAAUCAAGACUCUGACUUGUAACAUACAAGUAUAAAUAACAUUAUUAGAGUUACUAGUGCUGUAUUUUGUUAUGUGGAUGAAUGGGCUUGGGGAUAGUGUUAAAGAUGGCAUUGGUACACAAAGUGUAGCACUUUAAAAUGUCAUUGCACAAAUUCUAAUUUUAAAGCUGUCGAAAUUUUAAUAGUGUAUUUUUUGUCAUUUUAAUAGUGAAAUAUUUGAGAAAUAUAUCUUUGUAAGUUAGUCUGCAAACUCAGACUGUUGUCUGUUUUCACUGAAAUCUAUUCACAUGGAAGAUUUUAGUAACAGCAGUGAAUUUUUUGAAAAAUUUUUUCUUUAAAUAUGCCAUCUUGGUGAUGACAAUUACCAUACCCUCCCCCCAAAUAUAAAUAUCAAGUAACUUCAUUUUUCUUUUAGAAAAGAGACCAUUAAGAGACAUGCACUUCUCAUUAGACCAUCACGUGCUUGUUAGACAGACAGAUGAAAGAAAAGGAAAAAGAGGAAAGAAACAAAAGCCUUCUUUUCUAUUCUCCUUCACUUAUUCCUUAACCAAAUAGAUAGUGAGUGAUGGUUGAUGUCAAGAAUGAUGCAAAGUGCAUGGUUCCUCUUUUCAUUGAUAGAAUGCUGGGAAAUUCACCAGUGCUACAUUUAUCAAGUAGAUCUUUAGCUUUAUUCUGAGUGUCUAUUAAGAUUGAUUUUUUCAUUGAAUGAUACAUUGUAGCUUCAGAACAUUACCUCAGCACUCGAGUACUACCAUUUUUUAUACUUAACUUCACAUUUAUUCAUUAAGUGUAUAUUUAUUAAAUACAUGUUAUGGGUCAGACAUAAUGCUGACACAGUUUUAACAUGUUUUAAAGUGGAGAGACCUACGUAAGUUUUAGACAUUAGGCUAAGUGUAACAGGCAAGUAAGAUGCUUUUAUUGUUUCCACAAUGUAAAAUGUGCUAAUGCUGAAAAAAAAAAAAAUUUUCUUUUUUUUAAUGGCCUGGACUUUGUGAAUGCUUCCCCAAGUCUUCUGGAAAUAGAUUUUGAUACCUGAGAAUUUUUUAAGGAUAGUUUUAUAAUAAAGAAAGCAUGUUAAGAUACACAUGGGCCUACAUAUUAAUUUUAUUUUUAUUUUAUUUUAGUAUUUCUAAAGCACAUUUAUGGAGGUACUAAAUUGUGAAGCUCCUGUAAUAGCAAUAGUUUUCAGAUGACCCCAGGAAACAGUGCAAAAUAAGUGAGAAUGUUUACAGAUCAACACAACUACCAUGGUGUUUGGCCAAGUGAAUUUAAGAAGUAAAAGAGGUUUCACAAACUUUAUUUAGAAACUGGUUUACAGGGUAUGUCCAAUCCCAGCUUCCCCUAGUUUUUCCAUAUUUAAAAUAAAACUUUAUGAAUAUUUUUGACAUGACCAAACAUGGCUAUAUUUAAGAUUUUGUCAUUUAAUGUUUUUAAAACUGGUGUGAAGACUACCUUGUUGGGUAGCCAUGGAGAGUUGUAGUUGGUGUCAGUUCAAGGAGUUGAUACCUGGUUUCUUAUUUUAAAUGUGCCACCAGAGCUAUUUGACUAUAAUAUAUUUAAUAGCUCUUAGCUUGCAUGUGUGAUGAUUUUAGUCAGUGACUUUAUACAACAGCUGAAUGAAAUUUCCUGAAGAUUAAGUUGUGAAAUGUAGCACCUAAUUUUUGUAGUAUAAAAUGACAUCUGCCUACCUUAAAUUCAUAUUAAUAAUUGUCUGCAUGUUACCUGAUCAAAUAAGCCUAAACCAAAUGUGUAUAUGCAAUAAAACUGAGCCUUUAUAUAUUAUGUAGUGCAUUGAGAAAGACUAUUUUUAGAUAUUUAAAAUGUUUUGGUUCAUGUAGAAAUCACCAAUUCAAAUCUGUU